GCCCGGCCUGCAGCUGCGAGGACCGCAGCGGCGAGAGGAGGAGUCUCCGUCCGGAAGCCGGCGAUUCGCGGCCAUGGCAGUGCCUGGCCGCGGCUUUUCCCUGCUCCGUCGUCGCCUGGGCCGCGUGUUGACGCUCGACGGGUGCGUCGUGCCGCCCCUAGGGGUGCCGCGAGCAGCCGGUUGCGGGCUCCGGGGUUUUCGGAGCAGCGGCGUGAGGACCAGCAGAGAGAAGAGAUUCCAUCUUCCAGAGGUCGCCACUGUCUGCCUCCCCACUUGUCCCCAUCCUCAGUCAUCUUUUUAAAAAUACAUAGUUAAACACUGGUUGUCUAGUUCUUAGGCAAUGAAUGUAGUUUAAAUCUGAUAUCAUUCCUUUUGACUUGAACUUUGAGCCUUAUAGUGUUAUUUUUACUGAAAAUUAUCUUUGAGUUUGAUAAACUCCUUCCCCAGUAUUGACUGUUCUAAAUUAACAGAUUACCAGUUUCUGAGCUAUAUGGAGCCUUUAAUGAAAAUGAAGAAGCAUUUUUGAUUAUUUUUCACAAUUUUGACUAGAUAACCUGUGAUAGUGGAACAUAUAAGUACUUUUUUAAUGAAGUUUUUUUAAUUGGAAUUUCAAGAAAUAAUCUUUGACAGAAUUUGAAAAUUAGAGAAUCUUGAAGUGUCAUUUGAGUUUUCUCUUAUUUUUAAAAUUUACAGUGAGUUUUUUUCUUAACUUAUGAGAAAUUAGAUAUUAUUAAUUGGAAGAAAAUAUAUUUAACAUCCACAAAAUAAAUAAGCCCCUCUAUUUGUUGCCCGUUAUUGUUCCUUGAAAUGAAUUACCUAAACAGCCAAAAAGUUAAAAAUAAAAAAAUUUUAGCAAUUAAAUUUGUACUAUUUUGCCUUGCUGUGUGAGUGUACAACUCAGCAUGUCAUUGGAUUAUCAAUAUCACAUGAGUCUUUGGCCCAGUGCUUUCAGGGUAUGGAGCUAGGCAUCAGCGGUUCCCAUUUGGACGGGAGGUUACAUUACUGUACUGCACUGUACAUUAAUGCAAGGCCAAAGCAGAUUUGCAGGUAUCCUGAAACAAGGGCUUCCCAAAUGCUGCUUUAGAUAUCCCACCUGAAGUCAUUUUCUUAAUUAAAUGGAUAUCCUAAGAGUUUAUUUCAUGUUUAUCCUAUUGCAAUGUGAUUUCCUAAAAUCAUAAUUUCCCCAUAAAUUUGGCACCCACUCCUGCGAAAAUGCUAUUUUGUGUACCAGCCUACAGCUCUUGAAAGAAACUUUCACCUUCCUUUAUGUCUCAUUGCCAAUGGCUUUAUAAAUUUUGUAGCUAGACCAGAAUUUAAAAAAAAAAAAAUUUGAAGCUAGUAAAAGAUACUGGAUAUGUUAGGUAAAUAUUCAUAGCUUGUAAACGGGAUAGUUUAAUUUAAUAAUUGAAAAAAGACUAAAGUGUAUCAGUAAGGCUGUUCAUUUUUAUUCAGAUUCUCCCCUCUAGUACUUAUUGAAUGUUUCUAUCUCUGCAAUAGAAUUAAUUGAUUUGAAGACCCUUCUAUCCUUUGUGAAGCUUGAAGGACCCAGACUCCAGUUAGGACCUUUACUAAAGCUGAUUUUUACACUGAUUUCAACCAGGAUAAGAAUUCCAAUGACUAGCAAAAGCAUUUUCUCAAAAUCCUGUUUUAUUGGAAAAUGUGAUUGUGUGGUUUUCCUAUCUUAAUGCCUUACCUAUCUAAUGAGACAGGUGUUUGGCUACGGUGUUGAUUUCUAAGCAGUUGUUAAUGUCAUUUUAAAUUUAGAACCUAAAUAUUUCACCAUUUACUACCUUAUAUCUGAGUUCUCUGUAGCCCAGCUGUUCAGAGAUAAUGUGUUCUAAUGUAAUGUCUCCAAAACCAAGUUUUCUUUUAUCAAUAGAUGAUAAAAAGACUUCUAUUAAUCUCAGAUCUUGUUACUUAGUCAUGGUUUGAGGAAUAGUUUUGCAGUAUCUUUAAUGACCUGAAUCUUUGUUUUUCAAAUGAUAUCUUUUUUCAUGUCAAUACCUUGAUGGGAUGAUAAAAACGGUAGGGAAAAAACAAAACACCACUUAAUUUUCCAUGGUCACAUACUCUUAAUGGAAUUCCAUGGAGCCCAAUGACAGUUUUUAAAGAUAGUUGGGCUUAGAGAGUGAGGUAUAAGGGGGUAGGAACUUGGGAGACAUUUGAAAUGUCAAAUGAGUGGGAUAAAUUAAUGAUUAGUAAUAAAUGAGAUUUGCUGUUAAGUGCAAUUUGGACCAGAAAAAAAAUCCCUAAAAGAGAAAAUUUUGUGGUCAGAAUGGAACAUAGUAUAAAACUGAAUUAGUGUCAGAGAACUCGGGGUUGGGUAUUAUCCAAGAAGGCUUGUCCAGCUGCUCCAUUUGACAUUACAUCAUUGUGCAUUUCUUUUGUUGCUAAUGUUUUUGUUAACAGUUUAUUGGCUACAUUAUAUUGUAUUAAGUCCAUUGGUCAUAACUUACAUAACCAUUUUGCUGUUGUUUAAUGUCUAGUUCUUAGAACAUACAAAAUCAUUUACUCUCAGAUUCAGGUCAUGUUCUUGUCAACAUCAUACCAAGAAGAUCUGUUCACUUCAUGAUCUGAAAAUAGUCUAUGUCGGUUUCUGUAAUUACAUUAUAGAGUGUGCCUAAAACCAAAAGACUACCCAAAGAUUCAUAUCUAAAGUUAGGGCAUAUAUAGUUUAAAUUAGAUGUCCCCUCCCCACUUUGGUUAUUU